UAAUCGGCCCGGGUAGAAUACAGAUGCAUGGCAUCAUCGCUUGAUCCGGUGUUGGUUCCACGGGAUGCUUGAACGAGGAUCGCGUAGCCCACCGGAUUUUGACGAUGGGGUUUGUAAGCUUUAGAAUCGAAACGGUUUUGACUGAGCGUCGCCGGUGAACAGAAUAAAUUCAUGAAUGAGUUGAUAGAUGAACUAAUUAAUUCAUGUCAUUGACAUCCGUGUUUCGUUUAUGCCACGUCUGCCUCGAGCGUUAUCAUAGAAUGAAUGAUCAGACGUUGUCACUCGUGAGCCGCCAGCUGGCAGGCGCAAUGAAUGUUAGACAAAUCCGUUUCGUUUCUUUUUAACGAUCCGUUUAAACGCGCAUAACCCUACUGUAUUGUCAUACGUGUGAUCGCUACCGCGUUUGGCUAGAUGAGGUGGUCGUUGUGCAGGGUAGCAACACGUCGGUUACAUUCAGAAAGCUGAAACCAAGGAAAUGGGGACACACGCUCGAGACACAUGACAGUCAGGUGUCGCGUUAGCGACUGCAGUGGCUUUGGCUUCACCACAACAAACGUGCAUUGAUGGGGGAAAAAAGAGGAACCAGCAAAGAACGAAAACACAACUCAACCAGUGACGGUGCAUUUUCGCCCAACGACUAACUGUUUUAAACGAACCUGUCGCCUUAGAUCAACUUACAAAGCGCGAAGAUUGAAGACGGAAGAGAGAGUCUGGUCACACACGUCACAUUGUCUUCUCCCUUUCCUCCUUCUCCCAAGUCCUUUCCUUCAGUCGUCCUCCCAACAUCCAGUCCUUCAGUCGUCCUCCCAACAUCCAGUCCUUCAGUCGUCCUCUUCCCAAGUCCUUUCCCUUUAAACAGCCACCAUCAUGGCUUCCAAAUUGAAUCCGAAUAUCCUGUACGUCCAAGAACCACGGGAGUGUCUCUCACCAUUGGAAACUGACCACCUGGCGCAACCCGAACCCGGUGAAGAGAGUUCCGAUAGUGACGGAGAGCCGGAUGAGACGGAGCAGAAGCUAAUCCGGAAGGUGUCCACAUCGGGGCAGCUACGUGCCAAGAAAAGUGUGAAGGAGGGGAUCCUAUUGAAACAGACUAGCUCGUUCCAGAGAUGGAAGAGGAGGUUCUUCAAAUUGAGAGGAAGGACACUUUACUAUGCCAAAGACUCAAAGUCUCUGAUAUUUGACGAGGUGGACCUAUCAGACGCCAGCGUGGCCGAGACCAGCACCAAGAACAUCAACAACAGCUUUACGGUGAUCACUCCGUUCAGGAAGCUGAUGCUAUGUGCAGAGAGCAGGAAGGAGAUGGAGGAUUGGAUUGGUGCUCUGAAGUCUGUACAGAAAUGGGAGACUUACGAGACCAGUCUAUUCAACAUGGAACAUUUCUCUGGGAUGCAUAACUGGUAUGCCUGUUCCCACGCCAGACCCACCUUCUGUAACGUCUGCAGAGAGGCCCUGUCCGGAGUCACCUCACACGGACUGUCCUGUGAAGUGUGUAAGUUCAAGGCCCAUAAGCGCUGUGCGGUGCGCUCCACCAACACCUGUAAAUGGACCACGCUGGCCUCCAUAGGAAAUGACAUCAUGGAGGACGAGGAUGGGGUGUCCAUGCCUCACCAGUGGUUAGAAGGGAACCUGCCGGUCAGUGCUAAGUGUGUGGUGUGUGAUCGUAACUGUGGCAGUGUCAGGAGACUGCAGGACUGGAGGUGUCUAUGGUGCACGGCUAUUGUCCACAGCAGCUGUAAAGAGCAGAUGGGAAAGGUGUGUCCUCUGAGUCAGUGUCGUGUCUCAAUCAUCCCUCCUACAGCCCUCAACAGUAUCAACUCUGACGGCUUCUGGAAGGCAACCUCUUCCUCCUGCACCUCUCCUCUCCUGGUCCUCUGUAACUCUAAGAGUGGAGACAACCAAGGAGUUAAGUUCCUGAGGAAGUUUAAACAGCUCCUCAACCCUGCACAGGUUUUUGACUUAAUGAACGGAGGGCCUCAGUUGGGUCUGCGUGUGUUCCAGAAGUUUGCCACGUUUCGUAUCUUGGUGUGCGGAGGAGAUGGCAGUGUUGGUUGGGUGCUGUCUGCACUGGACAAACUAAACCUGCACAAACGGUGCCAGCUAGGUGUGCUCCCCCUGGGGACAGGUAAUGACCUAGCCAGAGUGCUGGGCUGGGGAGCGCUGUGUGACGAUGACACUCAGCUGCUACAGAUCGUGGAGAAGCUGGAGAGAGCCACCACCAAGAUGCUGGACAGGUGGAGUGUGAUGACAUACGAGCUUCCCACCAAACACUGUCCAAUGGUGAAGGAAGACUAUUUUAGUCCCGACUCACCCUUACAGGUCCACAUCACUCAGUAUGCAGACUCUGUGGCCUCCCACCUCACCAAAAUCCUGGACUCGGACAUACACACUGAUGUCAUAUCCUCUGCCAAGUUUUUGUGUGGGACGGUGAAUGAUUUCGUAGCAGAGGUGGGGAGAGCGUAUGAGAGAGCCACAGAGAACAAGGAGGCCGAUGCUAUGGCCAAGAAGUGUACUCUGUUGAAUGAGAAGCUGGACAGCCUGGUGAAGGCUUUGAGUGAGGAGGCUGAUGCCAAGGUGGUGCCAGUGGGCAGUGUGCCACCCCACGAGGACCAGGAGGGGAGCACAGACACCCGUGGAGGGGAACCCCAGCCCCCGUACAGGUCCAGAGAACAGCUGAUGAUGAGAGCUAACAGUCUGAAGAAAGCACUGAGCCAGAUCAUCGAACAGGCUGGGAAAGUGGUAGAUGAACAGAACAGACACACUCAUAUCCAGCACAUGUCUUCCUCCUCGUCCAUAAAGAGAGAGAACAGUGAGGAGCUGAAAGAGCCAGAACCACGUCACAUCAGUUUGAGCCCCACCACUUCCUCUGGCAUCGUCUUGGAGAAACCAGAGAGCCUCAGCCCUCCAUCCUUUAACGAGGAUCAGUGUUCAGAGAAAUGUGUACUGAACAAUUACUUUGGGAUCGGUCUGGAUGCUAAGAUCUCCCUGGAGUUUAACAACAAGAGAGAUGAACACCCCAAGAAAUGCAGUAGUCGUACUAAGAACAAGUUGUGGUAUGGGGUGAUGGGAACCAAGGAGCUGGUGCAUAAGACGUAUAAGAACCUGGAGCAACGGGUACUGUUGGAGUGUGAUGGUGUCUCUAUAUGUCUGCCCAGUCUUCAGGGACUGGCUGUUCUCAACAUCCCCAGCUAUGCAGGAGGAAUCAACUUCUGGGGUGGCACCAAAGAGGACAGCAACUUUGGCGCCCCGUCAUUUGACGAUAAGAAGCUGGAGGUUGUGGCUGUGUUUGGCAGUAUGCAGAUGGCUGUAUCCAGAGUCAUCAACAUCCAACACCACCGCAUCGCACAGUGUCGUCAGGUAAAGAUCACUAUCCUAGGAGAUGAAGGGGUACCAGUACAGGUGGAUGGUGAAGCAUGGAUUCAGCCCCCAGGGAUAGUCAAGAUCACACACAAGAACAGAGCUCAGAUGCUCACCAGAGACAGGAACUUUGAGAGGACUCUGACGUCAUGGGAGGACAAGAGGAAGAUUGACAGCUACCAUUCCUCCAGGCCCCUCCUCAACUCUCAGCAAUCUAUGGAAUACCUGACAGAGGAGGAGUGUGCUCAAGUACAGCAGCUGGGCAUGGUGGCUGACACACUCAUCACUAGUGUUGUAUUGUCCUAUAGGAUAAGAGACGUGGCUAAGACACACAAGCUGGUGGAACAGGAGUUAGCCCAUGCUGUGAACGCCAGUGCCCUGGUCCUCAGUGAAGCCUUCCCUUCCAAGCCGUCCAGCCCUGAGUGUCUGAGUCGCAGUACAGCAGUGGAGAUUGUGAACAGCAGUAAAGUCCUACAGCUGGAGACCACGAUGCUGCUGGAGGGGAAACUACUGGCGGACUCUCCCCAGGAAGAGGAGCUCCUCUCUACUCUCAGCAGUCUGAGUGCUGAACUCCACAAGCUGGAUGAUAUACACUGGAUUUGCCCUGCCAUGCACUGCUCUGAGGAGGUGGCUGACACUGUGAGGGUGAGCGGUAAGAGCAGUAUUAAGAAGAAGAUGAUGCCCAAGGUGAAGAGGGAGAGAGAGAAGCUCCACAAGCAGAAGUCCAAUAGCUCUCUGUCGGGAUCUUGGGAUAUUAAAGGUGGCGCAUAUGAGACGGCUCCUACAGGCAAUUGAGGAACUUAACGCAAAGGCUUAACAAGGUACACCCAUCACCAUGGCAACCAUGGGAGGCGAGGGGUGUCACCCUCUUCUUCCUACGGGACGUGGGCUUUACCUACCGAGGGGUGAGAAGUACAAAAUGAUUCCACGACCCUCCCGCCUUUCAGCUAACACCUCCCCCUUGACUCUCAAUGUCCUCCAUUUUGAAAAGGAGGAGGAGUUGUUUUUAACUAGGGGGUGUGUCUUUGCAUCCUAUUACAGCUUGGGGUCCUUUUAUUGGGUCUAUUUGGCCUGCUGACCCAAGAGGUGGGCGUGGCUUGAGACGAAAGCAGACAAUCAGAGGAGAAGAGACGCUCUCUUAGCAACUUUUGUUUCCUUGACGACGCAAUGUGUUUACGUAGCCGGAGCGCUCCUUUGCAUGACAUGAGCAGCCAUUUUGUUUUUAUUCUUAAUCACUCCUCUUUUUGGCAGGCGUUUACACUACCCUUCCUCUUUUCUCUCUUUUUUGUAAUCUUUCUUGACUUUCGCAACAACUUUCAGGACUUUUUUGUUUCCUCAAGAAGUCUGAAGACGACUUUGCUUUCUGUUCCUAUCGCCGUAAGAACAACAAAUGCAAAUGAACAACAAUGUAAACAACAUCUCGAAUUAUUCUCACCUGCUAAACUCGAGACUCAUAAAUGUAAAAAAAGAAAAAUAGACUAUUGCAGGGUCAUAUUGAGGAAUGUACUACAUGUGUGCGUAUUACCCUGUGAAUAUUCGUACUACCGUGUGAAUAUUCGUACUACCGUGUGAAUAUUCAUACUACCGUGUGAAUAUUCGUACUACCAUGUGAAUAUUCGUAAGGUAGUAUGGCUGGCCUACAUGGUACUGCAGUAGCUACUUACUGUAAUAUCCAAGCCACUAUGACCAUCUGAUGUCUCCAUCCCUGCAUGCCUUCCACUCUUAACUAUCCUAUGAGAUGGAAGAAGUAGCCCACUAGACACUGAUCUAAGGUCAAGAUUAGAAUUAGGAGGGAAAUCUGAUCCUAGAUCGGUGGUUAGGACAAACUUUCACCAUGAGCUUAUACAUUCCCUAAUGAUCUCGAUUGAAUAUAUAUAUAUAUAUAUAUAUAUAUAUUCUCUUGUAGAAAUUGGGUAGCGCCUUAUCUGAAGACACUUCUAUAAACUUUUCUUUUUUUAUUACUUUAUUAAUAGGAAGAAUAAAUUCAUAAAUAAUAAUAAAUUAGGAAAUGGAUACAUUUAUUACAACAUCCUGUAAUAUCGUGAACAUUUAUUUAAUCAAUUUAAUGCUGAACAAACUUGAAAUAAUGAUAUUUAUAGUCAAUCAGAUAAAGUGUUAGCUAUAUGAAUGUACUACUGUACCAUUAGCAUGCUGCCGUUAGAGGCUUUAAUGAGGUACCUUUACAUGUGUGGAAAGUUUCUUACCGGGUGCACUGGUUUUGAAUGACAUAUGACGAUUGUGUGUGUGUGUGUCGUUCAUUUUACUGUAUGUUGCCUUGCACUUUACAAAGCGAAACUUAAAGAACACAUUUGUGCG